GUGGGUUGUCGUAGGGAGCCGUUUUCAGUUAAAUAAUUAGUUGAUAAAUACCCCACAAACAUUACAGUGUCCGUUUGCCCGCGCACUUCUCUAAUUUUUUCCAGUCAUUUUCAAGAAGAUUUUUCAAGGGGAAAAGUCAGCAAAGUUUCAGACAAGAAAGGCCAACCAAAGGCAUUGUCAAAGGCGCUGGAUGGAUAGCAUCGACAGUGAGGCCCUUUACCUGUCCGCAGCCCAGCAUGGGCAGGCUCAGUGUGACAUGCCUCACACUGCAGUGGAGGUCCCAGCCCUGGGGGGAAGUAAGAAGAUGAACGGGACCCUGGACCACCCCGAUCAGCCCGAUAUCGACGCCAUUAAGAUGUUUGUGGGUCAGAUUCCCCGGUCCUGGUCCGAAGAACAGCUGCGGGAGCUUUUUGAACCGUAUGGCGCCGUCUACGAAAUCAAUGUCCUACGAGACAGAAGUCAGAACCCCCCUCAGAGUAAAGGUUGCUGUUUCAUAACGUAUUACACCCGGAAAGCAGCAUUAGAAGCACAAAACGCCCUUCACAACAUGAAGAUUCUUCCAGGGAUGCAUCACCCCAUUCAGAUGAAGCCUGCAGACAGUGAGAAGAACAAUGCGGUAGAGGACAGGAAGUUGUUCAUCGGGAUGAUCUCCAAGAAGUGUAACGAGAAUGACAUCAGGCUUAUGUUUUCUCCGUACGGUCAGAUAGAGGAGUGCCGUAUACUACGCGGACCGGACGGACUUAGCCGUGGUUGUGCAUUCGUCACCUUCACAGCGAGACAGAUGGCUCAGUCUGCUAUCAAGUCCAUGCACCAGUCACAGACCAUGGAGGGCUGCUCCUCACCCAUUGUAGUGAAGUUUGCAGACACACAGAAGGAUAAAGAGCAGAAACGCAUAGCUCAGCAGCUCCAGCAGCAGAUGCAGCAGCUCAAUGCUGCCUCCAUGUGGGGAAACCUGACUGGCCUGAAUUCCCUGGCCCCACAGUACCUUGCACUUUAUUUGCAGCUCCUGCAGCAGUCGGCCUCUUCUGGAAACGCCCUCAACAACCUCCAUCCCAUUUCAAGUCUGAAUGCCAUGCAGAACCUGGCUGCACUGGCAGCUGCUGCCAGUGCCACCCAGGCCACGCCCACGGGCAGUAACGCCCUCACCACCUCCAGCAGCCCCCUCAGCGUGCUCACCAGUUCAGGUACGCCUAGUGGACAGCAGACAAACUCAUCCUGGGACACCUACAAGGCAGGCUCUUCCCCCACGUCCAGCACCAACUCCUCGGUCAAUCCCAUGGCCUCCUUAGGGGCACUCCAGUCCCUGGCUGCAGGCGCUGGGGCAGGCCUCAACAUGGGCUCUCUGGCAGGCAUGGCUGCGCUGAACGGAGGCCUUGGGAGCGGGGGUCUCUCUAACGGCUCUGGCAGCACCAUGGAAGCCCUGACUCAGGCUGCGUACUCAGGCAUCCAGCAGUACGCCGCAGCCGCCCUGCCCAGCCUCUAUAACCAGAGCCUGCUGUCUCAGCAGAGCAUGGGAGCCGCCGGGAGCCAGAAGGAAGGUCAGUGUGGUUUGGAACGCGUCGUAGGCCCAGAGGGAGCAAACCUGUUCAUUUACCACCUUCCCCAGGAGUUUGGAGACCAGGACCUGCUGCAAAUGUUCAUGCCUUUCGGCAACGUCAUCUCCGCCAAGGUCUUCAUCGACAAACAGACCAACCUCAGCAAGUGUUUCGGUUUUGUAAGUUAUGACAAUCCAGUCUCAUCCCAGGCGGCCAUUCAGUCAAUGAACGGUUUUCAGAUCGGCAUGAAGAGGCUGAAGGUGCAGCUGAAGAGAUCCAAAAACGACAGCAAGCCAUACUGAGUGUUCUGACUCUCAAAUGGACUUGGUUUGAAAAUGUUUUUCUGAUGUCUUCGUGCCGCGUUUGUUCAUCGUUUGCCUAGCAUGUCGAUGUGACGUCAAAAAGUUCAUGGUCCAGUCCGUUGUCCUCUUCGCUUCUCUGACGCUUCAAUUUUUCACCCCCCUUGACCUUUUUGUUGUGUUAACUUUUGACGCUUAUUGAUUAAUUGUUCUUUUUUGUUGUUGUUUUUUUUUUGUUUGUUUGUUUGUUUGUAUGUGUGUGUUGUGUUCAUUUCCGUUGUUUGUGCUGCCCAAAGGGCGCGUUAGAAAGACUGCUGUACUACAACAACAACAACAUCGAAAAAAAAAAAAAAUUAUAUAUGUAUAAAGUUACAAGAAUAUUGUUAUGAGCAAAGAGAGUCUAUUUUUCUAGAACUUGCAGACAUAACCACUAGACUUUGGGAAAAAAAGCUUUUCAGUUCCAUUUGCUUUGUUUUGUUACCUUGAAUAGUCGUUGUUUUUUUUUUUUUUUCUUUGUUUCCCUGCUCUGUUGGAAAGCAGUCUUUCUAGCGCUCCCUUUUUUUACUCUUUGUUUUUGUUUGUGUUGUGUUUUCAUAUAAGCAGCCAAGCAAUUUAUAGAAUCUCUUUUUUUCCUCUGUGUG